ACAAUUUAUUCCGGCGUGUUGAAAAUUUUGCUAUAAUCGGUGGCGUUUCUUUGCGUUCCCCUGGUAACAUCCCUUUUCGCCGAAUAAAGUUACGGCAGUUUCAAUGGUAUCUUCGACAAUGAAUCUCCAGAGAUUGUGAGAGGGUGUGCAAUGACGAGAGUCGCAAUCGCUUGUCGAGGGUAGGUUCGGCGUGUCGGGUUGCAAGGAAGGAAAUACAAUUAUUGGCCAGCGUCUGCGCUUCUAUAUCGAUCCGUGUCGACGGCGGUGGCGGCAGUGGACUGUGCUCGCGGCGCGUUCGGGUGGGACCACAAUCAAGCCCACAACGAACCCGCCCAAAAUGUAUUUCUGCUUGCGUCUCGCGCGGUUAUUCCUGAUAUCGGCGAUUUUGUGCGUCGGUCUGUGCUCCGAAGAUGAGGAGAGACUGGUACGAGAUUUAUUCAGAGGGUACAAUAAACUCAUCCGACCAGUGCAAAAUAUGACGGAGAAGGUACACGUGAGGUUCGGCCUCGCCUUCGUACAGCUGAUCAAUGUGAAUGAAAAGAACCAGAUCAUGAAAUCGAACGUAUGGUUAAGAUUUGUAUGGAUGGAUUAUCAAUUGCAAUGGGAUGAAGCAGAUUACGGCGGAAUCGGUGUCCUGAGAUUACCACCCGACAAAGUGUGGAAACCGGAUAUAGUAUUAUUCAAUAAUGCUGAUGGCAACUACGAGGUUCGUUACAAGAGUAACGUAUUAAUAUAUCCGAACGGCGAGGUGCUCUGGGUGCCGCCAGCAAUUUAUCAAAGUUCGUGCACGAUCGAUGUCACGUAUUUCCCCUUCGAUCAACAGACAUGCAUUAUGAAAUUUGGUUCGUGGACUUUUAAUGGCGACCAAGUCUCUCUCGCGCUCUAUAACGAUAAGAACUUUGUCGAUCUGUCCGAUUAUUGGAAAAGCGGCACGUGGGACAUCAUCAGCGUCCCGGCGUAUCUUAACACUUACACAGGUGAUUUUCCCACGGAGACGGACAUCACUUUCUACAUAAUUAUCCGCAGGAAGACUCUCUUUUACACAGUGAACUUGAUACUGCCAACAGUUCUGAUCUCUUUCCUCUGCGUACUCGUCUUCUAUCUUCCUGCGGAAGCUGGCGAGAAGGUCACUUUGGGUAUCAGCAUUCUUUUAUCUCUGGUUGUGUUUCUUCUGUUAGUCAGCAAAAUUCUGCCGCCUACUUCUCUUGUGCUGCCGCUAAUAGCUAAAUAUCUACUCUUCACUUUUAUUAUGAAUACUGUCAGUAUUCUUGUAACUGUUAUCAUCAUCAACUGGAACUUUCGCGGACCGAGGACCCACAGAAUGCCUCAGCUUAUACGCAAGAUCUUCCUUAAAUAUCUGCCAACGAUUCUAUUCAUGAGGCGGCCAAAAAAAACACGAUUGAGAUGGAUGAUGGAGAUACCGAAUGUAACACUGCCAGCUUCCACAUAUUCCGGGAGCCCGACCGAAGUGCCGAAACACCUUCCAGCUUCUUUGGCCAAAUCGAAGAUGGAGGUGAUGGAGCUGUCCGAUUUGCAUCAUCCGAAUUGUAAGAUUAAUCGUAAGGUACAUCAUACCACGAGCAGCUCCAGCGGUGCAGGUGGAGGGGAGGGCAUGGGGGACAGAAGAGGAUCCGAAAGCUCGGAUUCUGUGUUGCUCAGCCCGGAAGCCAGCAAGGCUACCGAGGCCGUGGAGUUUAUAGCGGAGCAUCUCAGGAACGAGGACUUGUAUAUACAGACAAGGGAGGAUUGGAAAUACGUUGCAAUGGUGAUCGAUCGACUGCAACUUUAUAUCUUCUUUAUAGUGACGACCGCGGGUACCGUCGGGAUCCUAAUGGACGCGCCUCACAUUUUCGAGUACGUAGACCAGGAUCGUAUCAUAGAAAUUUAUCGCGGAAAAUAAAAUCUGAUUUGUCUUAACGAAUCGCAAUUACAAAUAAUGUGCCAUCGUUACCGACCGUUCUCAUUUCGUCCGUUUCGAAAUCGAUUUCGUACAACGUCAUAUGAAUAAUCUUGCCAUGACGGUUGUAAACGUAUAACGCUUACAACUCAAGCAGUUAUUCAACACACAUGUAAUUAUUUUUUAUACAGAUUUCUAUCAAAUUUUAUGCAAAGUACAAAUUUAUUUAAUGAAAGUUUCAACUCAAUCUGCUGCCAUUGUGUGUGUGUAUAUUUUUUUUUUUGUUUAAAAGUAAUAAAAUUUUUUACUCGCAAAUGUUCUCAGUUGCAAAGUUUGCGCGGGCAAUCGAAAUGGCAUACAUUACAUAGAUAAUAAUUCCAUUAGCGUUAAUUCAGGCUGCCUCUACGAUUGUUGUCUUCCCCAAUGCCAUUAACUUCCGAUAGCUCUAUCGCGACGUGCUUAGACAAAAGAUUUGCGAAGCAAUCAUCGAAUGGUUCUCGUCUUUCAUUUUAUCGGAGAAAAUAGAUAUUUCCAAAAUUCUUGAGUAUGUUAUAUAUUAUAACAAGUUAUUUGCUAGUUUUUUAAUUUUUACGAGAUGAUAUCGUGUAAAUUAAAGAAACAUUUCUAUUUAAUAUUAUGGUCUUUAAAUUAGCAAUUCUAUUGCUUAAAAUAAUUUAGAGACUUUAUUUCAAGAAAAAAGAGAUAUACAUGGCGUAAAUUAUUUUAAUAAUUACGUGUAUUGUAUAAAUUUUGAUUAGAAAGAAUCUUUUUGACUUUUAAUUUUUAUUUAAGGAUUAUGUUUUACUACUGUGUAACACAUAUAUGUAGUUCUAUCUGUUUAUAUAUUGAUUAUAAAAUUGUAUAAAUAUCUCAUUGGAAAUAUCAUGUUUGCUCCUCCAAAUGUAACUACCACGUAACACACUUAAUGUUAAACGAUGAAAUCCGCUUAUGUAAUAUUAUAUAGUAUCCGUAAUUAGAAAAAAUGCGAAAUUAAUUAAUGAAACUUUGGCAAGAUUAUUAUAAUAUUUAUAUAACGAUGGUACGCACAAACACAUGUUUAGUCAACUAUAUCGAUAUCUCUUAAUUAGAAUACAAAUAAUCCAAUAGUCUGAUAAGUUAGCAAAUAUAUAAUAAAAAAUAUUAUUUAUAUUAUAAAAUAAUUCAAACUUACAAGGAAUUCACGUUUAACAUUAAAAAUUAUGUAAAAUUCCCGCGUAUUUUCUUAGGGCUGUAGUUUCAUCAUAAAUUAUUAAUAGAUCUAUCAUUAAAUGCAUAUUUUCUGUUUUUGAAUCUGAGUUGCCGAAAGUAUGCACGUUUAAUGUAUGUACGUAACAUAUACGUUAACAAAUUUAGUAUUAAGUGUGUGGUGAAAAAACGGUCCUUUAUUUGAUUUCUUGAUCGCAAUUUUGGCGAUCAGUUUUGACCAGUAUCGAUCAAAGUCUCAAAUAUCAAAGUCUCAAAUCUCCUUGUAAAAUAAGGUCGAAACAAUGCGCAUUAACGUGCAGAUAGAUAUGCGGAAUCAAUUUUGCGACAAUGGCUUAGAUAUAGAUUUGAAAUAAUUUUGAUAAUAAUCGUGCAAAUCGUCGUUGCCACAUUGUAAUUUAGCUGAGCUCACGUUUGAUACUCGUCGUCGUGUUGUAUUGAUUAUACGUAUUGAUAGAAUCGCGACGACUUCAAUAUGCUCGUCAAACAUUUGCAUCGACGAGUUUCUAGUGACAAAUUUCAUGCAAGCAUAAAAUAUUGUACAUUAAAUUGAUAUAAAUUAUGAAGGGGUUUUCUCUCGUAUCUAUUCGCGAUGAGUUUAGCGCGCAAUGGAAGACCAAUACAAGUCAAGGUAUAAUAAAAUAGGAUUUUGUUGAUUGGAAUGAUAAAAUAAAUCUAUUCAAUAUUAAAAUUAUUUGCAUUUUUGUUUAUUUUAAAUAGAAAUUAUACUUUCAGAACGUAUUUUGACUGGGAAAUUGGCCUUCCUAAAAUUAAAAAUAAAAUGAUUCAAACUUCAGACUCAUACUACAUAUUUAUUGUUAUGGAAUUAUUUGAAAUUCUUAUAAGUUAUCAGAAUUUAUUGUUAUAAAGUCAUCUGAGUUAUCUGAAUAGUUAUUAUUGAAUAUAUUAUGUAGAAUAUAUAGACAUGGUGCAUACAUGUCUUUCAUUGUUUAAAUUUUUCUUUAUGUUUAGAUAUUUUUAUAAAUUUUGUUGUUGUUAUUUUACAAACAUAAAAGUAUAAUGGAUGGCUUUUAUGAUUAUAACUAACUUGUAUGCUAUGUAAUAGAAUUUAAUAAAAAGUUUCGUCUUAAUACGAAAUAAAUAAAUAAAGCAAAAACAGAUAACGUUUAGUUAUCUAGACAGAUAUGUUUAGUUGCGGAAUGAGCCAAUGUAUUUGCGCUAUAAUAACUAUAAAUGCGCAUAUAUUAGAAAAAAAAUGCAAAUUCUAUGUUCGUUAUAAGAACGUAAAAUUGUCGUGCGUUAAUAGAACAUUAUAAUCAUACUUAUAUCGCAUUGUAUUGCGUAUAUUGUACAGAGAAACUGUCAAACGGUCAUGUGUUCUCUGAUAGAACGUUUAGUUGAGAGAAAAGUUGAGGUCGAUUGUUGAAUAAUGAGGAUUCAUAUGUAAGUAGUGAAACGACCGAAAAAAAUGUAAUUUCUUCAUAUUAAUUUAUAAUUUUGUGCAAUUAUAAUUUUUUAUCGCAUCUCAACGUAUAGAUAGUUGCAAUUUUACAUACCUUGCAAGACUCAUACAUGACGAUUCAUUCGAUUAUGUCGAGAUUCUCAAUUGUUAAUUGAUCAGUCUUACAGAAUUUUUUUUAUAUAAUAAGCAGUUAUUGUACGUACAUAAAUAUUUUAUCCUAUUUGAUGAAAUUUAAUGUUAUAGCUGUUGUGAUAGUUUCUCAAAAGUAUUUACGUGUGUUGAUGUGUAAAUUGAUUGUUAUGUUUGUUCAAGUAAAAUGAAUUUUUUGCCCAAAGAUGCUUGAUAACGAUAGCAAUAGUUGAUACAGAAUAAAAAAAAAAACAUUCUUGAUUAUAAUUCUUUAUGUCGAUUAUAGCGAAUUGUAUGAAGAGGGAGGGAAGAGGGCAAUAUAUAUAAAUUUCCAAAAAAUUUAUAAUGUAAAUUUUUCUUUCAAUUUUGGUAAGUUAAUAACAGUUACGGAUUUUAUUUUAUUUACAAAUUUUGUUUUUAUAAACAAAUUUACGUUGCGAUAUAAUUCAUUAAAGAAAAAUUACUGUAUGUCCAUAAUUGAUGUAACGAGAAUAAUUCGUGUCCGUGUUAAAAUGCGUUGAUUACUGAUAGCGCAUGACGUGUCUUCCUCGAAAGAAAUACAAUAAUUAAAAUUUUUAGAGACCAGGUAUACCCUAUGUAUUUAUUUUAGCUUUUUUACGUUAAUGAGUUUUAUCUAAUUUAUUGAACGCGAUUUAAUAUAAACAAUGACAGUAAAAAAGUAAACAUUUCAGCCGGUGUAUAUGCGUUCUUUAUCUAUUGCGAAAUGGAUGAUUACCGCAUCAGCAAAUAUAUAUUAUAUUAUAUUAUAGUUUACUUCUGCGCAUCAAACGAGUUAUUGUUGAACCUACCAAGUUUGUACUUUAAUAUGCAUGAUAAAUAAUAGUGAUAUAUUCGUUUAUUACUGUAUGUUGGUAGGUAAAAAAGAACUUUAACGUGAUAGCUAAGUAGUUCUUUUUAUAAUGAAAUAACACAUCAAUAAAAUCAUCGAAUUUCAUACCUUCAUGUGCCUUGACUAAUAUAUUAUAAAGAUAUUAUUUUAUUCCCAGCCUCAACUCUUCACAUACUAUAUAAAUAAAGUAUAAAAAGUAAAAAUGCUUUCUCGAGUUGCCGAUGAGAAUCCUUUAUGAUAAAUGAAAUGUUUGUGCAUGGCCGAAAGAAACUGAAAAGAGGAGAGAAUGGAAGACGUUUAUUUUCAUUUCAUUUAUUUCAACAAUUUCAUAAUAACGUAAUAAUGUUAAUAAUAUUACAAUGCGGCGAUUAUAGUGCUCACCAGUUAACAGGGAUUCUCAUAUCGAUCAACGUUGCCUCGAAAAGGAGCCCAGCGUAGAAAUAUAACAAAUUUUUAUUCACGCUCUCUUAUAUCUCCUUCGUGGUAUAGAUUUACUAUUAUCGGACCAGGCUGUUGUUCAGAGGCAUAAUUAAAAGUCAAGUGAGAUCGGGUGAGUUCAGUUCAAUUGCAUCGUCCCACCAGGGUCUACGGAAACAUAGUAACUCAUUUCAUACAUUCUCGCGUCUUUUUUACACUUUCCUUCGUAUUCUCGAUGGCGAUCGAUAACGCACACCAUUGUCGAUCUUAACGAUUGAUUGUAACGGUGGACAAUACGUGACUUUUUUUUUUUAAGUACAUAGGGAAUAAAGAUAUAGGCGUAGGUAGAUAACGAAGAGAGUUAGAUCGCGUUCUAUAUAUAAUCGGUCUUCUGAAAUCGCAUCAGCGCGGUUUUUACGUUCUGUUAAAUUCAAUAGGUUAGCAUUGAGAGAUAAUUAGGUAUAACUCCUUCUUUCUUCAUCGUUAGUUUAGAGAGAAAGUGAUCUCGAUAAAGUUCGACCCUAACUGCUAAUAGACUACCUCUGAAUCACCCCUAUAAUUACUGUCAGAGUAUAACUACGUCGCUAUUGAUUACAGGCUAGCUUUUAAUAUUCAGUUAAUCGAUUAUUAAUCAUUUCUUUUUAUUCAUUAUUACGAAUAUGACUUUAGCAAUCAAUAGUUUAAAUAUAUAUAGUUUAUGUUUAGUGGUACAUGUGAUUUUUUUUUUUUUUUAAUAGUUUCGCUUUUAUUUAUUUAUUUGUUUGUUAUCAUUAUCAUUAUUUCUCUUGCGGUAAUUUUUGAUAAUUAUUUUUCUUCCUCGCUAUUUCGCUAAUCAUCCAGCGCGAAUACUUUUAUCUUUUUUUUUU